AUAUAUAAAAAUAUUGUUUUUAGUAUGCUGAGUUUAUCCGUCAUGUUAGAUCUCAUAUAAAAGAUACAGAUGUUAGAAUAGCUGAGGACACGAGUCAGGAUAUGUUUGUCUGUCUGUGGGAUGAUUGUGGGUAUGAAUGCUACCUCUCCUCCGAGAUGGUUCGACACAUAAACUACCAUUCAUUCCAUUCUAAGAUUAAGAGUCAUGGUCUGAACCUUAUAAAAUCUCAGGGAUUAAAGGGAUGUUUGUUGGAUCCAUCUCAACGGAAUCUGUUUCACGAUCUAGCUGAGCCUUUUAAGUGUGUUUGGGGGGAUUGUAUCGAGAGAGAAACGGACUUCGACCAUCCCCAGGAGUACUACUGGCACGUAGCAAGGUUGGUAAAUAAGAUUAAGGAAAAGAUUAAAAAUAAUCAAUACAAUAAAUCAGUUAAAGAGCAUCUUCGCAGUCAUACUCAGGAGAAGUUGGCAGGAUGUCCGACUUGUGGAUGUGUAUUCGCCAACAGGGUUAAGCUACUAGAUCAUCUGAAAAGACAACAAUGCGGCAACAAUGAGUUUACCUGUACCCACUGCAACAAAUCCUUUGCGCUGGAGCGUUUAUUGAGAGAUCACAUGAGAAGUCAUAUCAAUCGAUACGAGUGCAAGGAGUGUGGAGUCACUUGGCCUACUCCAUCCUCCUUACAGAACCAUAUUAAAUACAGGCACUCCCAGGAUCGAGAUUAUUCCUGUGAUAUCUGUGAGCAUAAAGCCAAGUCUGCUGCGGAUUUGAAGCAGCACUUGAGAAUUCAUCAAGGAGAUGUUCUCACUUGUAUGGAAGGCUGUGGAUUCAGCUGUAAAUCAAACCCAGUAAUGAAGGGGAACUGA